UGUCUCUCUCCGGUUCCUCGAAUCCACUUUCACGAAAACGCCCAAGGUCGUCAAUCAAAACUAAGGAUCACGACGACCUUUCGAAAAACAAGAAGAAGAAUCGUGGGCCACCACCAAGACUCAUCUGCGCGGAUGACGACGAUCCAGAGGAAGUGAUGGCACCCGCGACGACCGAUCGACGCAAGAGUGUUUACUCGGAGACAGGCAAAAAGCCAAAGGCAAAUAUUUCCGACGAGCUCUAUCGCGUGCCGUUCAAAUAUGGCUGGACGCGGGAGGUGGUAACUCCAAGCCCCUUAACCAACAGCUCGAAUCACAUAUUCUACACAUCGCCCUCCGGCAAGAAGUGCCGAAAAAUUAGUGAAAUUAUACCAAUGCUGCAGGGGGAACUCACCAAAGAACAUUUUAUCUUCGGGACGCAUAUCCUGGGUGCCGAAGCCCAGUACGAGACGGUCCGCCAGGCCUUGAGUCGUGAAGAUCACCUUGCCGCCUUAAAGGAGCGCCGCAAAUCGACGGCGUCCGACAAAACAAAGGCUAAACAGAAACGUCGUCAGACGAUCGGAGCCGAGUCCCAUUCAAAGCCCCAGGCAGAAGCUGGCACAGCGGCGUUUGGCAAACGUCUCAAAUCGAUUGACGAUUUUCUGUCGAUGGCAGACGAAUCUAUGACACUUCUGGCACUCAAGCCUGUGAAACCACUAGCACUCGAAGCUAUAAAACCUCUGGCAGCCAAAGUGGUGGAAGCCCCUGUAAUGGGCAAACGCGUACCUAAGCCGAAGUUGCCGAAGGGCGCCACCUCUGUCCCUGAGGGUUGGACCGCCACCAUGGCCGUCAAGGGUAAUGCGCGCCUCCUUGCCGCCGCCAUAAAUGGGAACGCCAGAGCUGCUGCAUCGUCGACCGUAACCGCCAGUUCAUGCGCCGCCCCAGUGCGCCAGGAAACGCGCGAGACCUGUGGAUUCUGCCUAAAGCUAAUCGAGGGAAGCGUCUGCCAGAGCUGCGUGCAGUCGGCGGAGAGUGUGGAUGCUGUUCCCCUGAUGGCUGCAUAUGGGGAGCUACAGGACGGCGAGGGGGAAAGCGAGAAGAGCUACCAGGCGGGCACUGUUAGCAAUGGGCUGGACGACAUAAAAGUGCUCGAGCCGCCUGGCGAGAUGCCGCCGGCGGAGCUACUCAGCACAGACACAACCCCAGCUUCAACGCCAAUUAAUUUGUACACGCACCAAGAGGUCGUGGUCAUCAGCGGUCAGAAGGCGAUUUCCGCCGUUGCAGAGCCGGCUAUGACAAGCCAACAAAAAGUACUUGUCCCAAAUCCGCCGGACUUGACUAGUUACUAUGAAGUCUACGAUAAACGGAUUGCUGCACCCAAGCAAUCGUCGCCACCCGAUAACCCGUGGGAGCAGAUGUUUGGAAGCGGCUUCAAUUGCCGGUUCUUAACCAGCCUAAUGCAGACACUAAACCAGCAGGAUCGGGCCAAUUGCUCGGAAGUGUCCAAGCUGUGGCACUUGUGCUCCCGUGACGCUGAAGUAUGGAAAUCAGUUUCGCUUCGCGGCACAAAGGUCAACAAUUGGCCAGCUUUGGUGCGUGAGAUGGCACGCAACGGCACACGCGAACUCGACAUGAUGGGCGCGAUCAUACCCACUAGCGGUACCCUCGUCGCUGGGGACAUGCGCGUGCUGACGGAUAUGCGCUCGGUGCGCACCGAUCAUACGAAAGCUGACUUCCUGCACCAGAUCUUCCGUAGCUUGCCUCAACUUGAGAAGCUGAUGUGCACUUGCGUCAGCUCGUGCCUCAACAUGACCGACAUCGACAAGAUCGAAAACCUGUAUGAGCUGCGCGUUCGCAUGACCGAUACGAAGGCAUCGAUCACCGGUCUGCCCCUCGUAGGCAAACUGACGCACCUGCACGUCCUGAGCCUGCGCGGCGUUAAGAAUUUUGGUAGCUUGCUGUUUCUAAAGGAUCUACCCAAUCUGGAGACUCUGAUUCUGGGCUACUGCCAGAGCAUGCACCGGCUCCAGCUGGGCAACGAGAUGCUCCCGACACUCACGAAAUUGCAGAUGUUCCGCAUAGAAACGGACCAAAGGAAGAAGACUUUGUUCCCAGUCGACGAGAUCAUGAGGGGACUCGCCCAAGCCGGGGGCAUCCGUCGCCUCGAGCUGGUCAACGUGGAUUUGGACGGGAACUUUUGCGAUCUGCUGGCCCAGUGUCCCACGGUGGAAGAGCUGCUGCUGAUCCCCAAAUGCCAGACCAACUCGGCCCUCAUGAUGCGCGCCGUAAUGGAUAUCAGCAAAAAUGGAAAUCAGCUAAAGCUCUUUAAAUUGGUGCUCGUCACCCAGCUGCUCACCGCAACGAGCGCCUUGGUCGGCAAUCCCGAUGUGCCCAUGGUCCCCGUAGUCCGUCCUGUGCCCGGUAUACCGCUCAACGAUCCCUUGAACAUCUGCUCGGAUGAAUGUCAUCAGCAGGGGCAUUCCAUGUGUGUGGCCGUUUUGCCCUUCGAACGUUUGAAAGCUAUAAUGGCAGAGAUGAUGCCGUAUUCGUCUCUGUCUGUAGUCACCACGGCCAUGAUGGACACACCUUCAAUCCAGCUUGAGCGUCUUCCUCCCGAUGCUGCGGUCCCGAAACCAACAUUGAUCCUGAACUUUUGA